AUGGGGGUUCACCCCGGGCUGCGGCGGCAGCUAGUAGGAAAGCAGCUGGAGUUCCCGGACUGCCGCCAGUCAACCAUCGACGGCCAAACUACCGCCCCAACCUUGCUCAUCACCGUCGUGGUCGACAACGCUUUCCGCGCCAGGAGCGCCGUCCAAUGGCACGGCUUCUGCCAGGGGCCGCUGACUGGCAUGUCGCCAGCAGACGGCAUCGAGGGCGUGACAUCCACGUACUUCUAUUACGUGUCUGAUCGUGUGCACCAUGACCGAGACUGUGCUCCAAAGUUCACCGGCACGCAGGGAGGCGAGGCUGGUCUGACCGCCGGCAGUUGCGCGGGCCGUGAAACAAACAAUCCUGUACAUCCUUUUCGGCAGGGGCCAUAUGCGUGCCCCGAAGCACAACUCAUGGCCAACUGUCCUGUCAUUCGCCUCAAUGAUGAUAGCGCGGUGGAGCGGCUCCUCCGAUGGUCCGCCAUGACAUUGGAGGCCACAGCCUCGUGGGUUGCUGAUGAGGACGUCAAUACCAUUGUUACACCCGCAGCCCCUACUGUUACAUAUACUGAACCAAUUAUUAGAGCUCGCGCACGCCAAUUAAAUUAUCAGGUACUUUUCUUUUUGGUAAUGAUUCUAAUGUUCAUGAGAAUAUGAUGCUGCCUAAAUUGGAUACAUUCGUUUUGCUUACGAAUGAAGGGCCUAACUUGGAGAAGGAUGAACAUUGGAGCUAGAACAAGCAUGGAGUUGAUGGCAUGCGUAAGGAGAACAAGAACGGAGUUACAAGUGAUGAUUCCAGGACUUUGAAGCCACCAUAAGGAGUGCAUGAAGCCUUGGACGAAAUAUACAAGAUGCCACUUCAGAAAUUUCGUUCAGAGGCUAUUUUAGGUGCUGCGUCACCUUAUUAUUGGGCCAGGUCCAUGUAAUUUCGAAAUACAUAAGUAUAGGCUGUUUUUAGAGUCCGUAUGUGUGGGGAAACAACAGAUAUGGUUGGUUUCGGGCCCCUUCCCCAAGGGCCACGAAAUUCCCCCCUCUUCCUCCAUACAUACAGCCCUUAGGGCACCGUUUAGAUUUUGG